AUGAAUUCAACAACUGGACAAGGGCAAACAUCGUGCAGAAGCUGCGGAGAUGACAACUCAUACCAGCCAAUCGCAGUCAUCGGGAUGGCCAUGCGAUUGCCGGGAGGGGUACGGAGUGGUGAAGAGUUUUGGGAAAUGCUGGUUGGAAAACGUGAUGGUUUCUGUGAGGCGCCUCCCUCGCGCUGCUCGAGGGAGGCGUCUAGUAAUCCAGAUCGCGGGAACCCAAGCGAAGAAAUGAAAGGCUUCUUCUUGCAAGAAGAUCCCGCUUAUUUUGACGCUGGGUUUUUUUCUGUCCCUCCUCAAGAGGUGGCGAGACUCGAUCCCCAGCAGAGGCUCUUGAUGGAGGUUGUCCGAGAGUGUCUAGAGAAUGCCGGGGAGACCAAAUGGCGCGACGAGAAAGUGGGUUGCUUUGUUGGUGUUUUUGGUGAAGAUUGGUUGGAAAUGUCGCAUAAAGACCUGCAGGAUGUGGGUCAGAUUUAUCCCAUUGCAACCGGUGGAUUUGCGCUUGCAAAUCAGAUCUCGUAUCGAUUCGAUUUGCACGGCCCGAGCAUGACCAUUCAAACGGCGUGUUCAUCGUCCUUGGUCAGCCUCCACGAGGCUUGUCAGGCACUCCUGUCUAAGGAAUGUUCAACAGCCCUAGUGGGUGGGACAAGUCUGAUAUGGAGUCCCACGAUGACCGAUUCUCUCAACAAAAGCUUGGUCCUUUCCCCAAGUGGGAUCUCUCACACGUUUGAUGCUGAUGCUGAUGGGUAUGGCCGAGGCGAAGCGAUCAACUGCAUUUACCUCAAGCCACUGAAGGAUGCGCUUCGUGAUAAUGAUCCGAUUCGCGCUGUCAUUCGCUCAACAGUCACCAACCACGAUGGCAAGACGCCUAACUUCACUAAUCCGUGUCCGAUAUCACAGGAAAAGUUGAUUCGCCAUGCGUACCAAAUAGCAAGAAUUGAUGAUAUCGAUCAAACCCCCUUGUUUGAAUGCCAUGGGACUGGGACUGCGAUCGGCGAUGUGAUCGAAGCAUCGGUAGUUGCAACGUUGACGAAAGAAAAGGAAACAUACAUCGCGGCAGUAAGUUGCGCUCCCCACGGUCAUAUGUGCACUUUGAGCGAGUCACACCCAUCCCUUCACCCUUUGCUUACCCUUUCACUCUACCAGGUCAAACCAAAUGUCGGCCACUCAGAGGGUGCAUCCGGCAUCACCAGCAUAAUCAAAGCCAUUCUAUCACUUGAACACAAAACAAUUCCACCGAACAUUCACUUCAACACGCCAAAUCCGAAGAUUCCAUUCGCCGACGGAAAGCUGCAUGUACCCUUGGAGCCAACACCAUGGCCCGACCACCGACCGCAAAGAAUCAGCGUCAACUCAUUCGGGAUAGGUGGCUCAAAUGCCCAUGUCAUAUUAGAAUCUGCCUCAACAAUUAUCUCAAAGCCGAUACCUGUGUCGGUAGACUGUCGUCAUGACCCCCAGCUCUUGGUUGUAUCUGCGCAUACUGCUGAUACCCUUCGCAAACGGAUUCGACAGGUCACCGCGUACACUAACACUCAUCCAGACCGCUUGUGUGACCUUGCGCAUACCCUAGGAUGUCGGAGAGAACACCUAGCACAUCGUGCUUUUGCAGUUGUGCAGCCGAAUACCCCAGCCUUGGAAGAGACAGCCCUCACGAGUUUCAACACAACGGCGCCAAAUGUCACAUUUGUGUUUACUGGCCAAGGGGCCCAGUGGCCGGGAAUGGGAAAGGGGCUUUUGAACAACUUUCCAAAAUUUAAACAAGCUAUCAAAGCAAUGGAUGAAGCUUUGCAACAGCUGCACGAUUACCCAAGCUGGCUUUUAUAUGAUGAGCUGGCCAAGGAGGGCUCGGAGUCAAGGAUUCAUGAGGCCGAAUUCUCCCAGCCACUCUGUGUCGCCCUUCAGAUAGGCAUCGUCAAAAUCCUUACCAGCUGGGGAAUAUGCCCCUCCUCUGUGGUCGGGCAUUCUAGCGGGGAGAUCGUGGCUGCUUAUGCCGCUCGUGCUAUUUCUAUGAGAACGGCAAUAAUCCUGGCAUACUAUCGAGGCAAAGUCGCCAAGUCAUUAGAGGGAUUAGGGGCUAUGGUAGCGGUUGGGCUUUCUCCGGAUGAAGUGCUCCCGUACCUCACCCCGGGAGUGGUCGUUGCCUGCCACAACAGCCCUCACAGCGUGACCCUCUCUGGGGACAAAGAGUCAGUGAAUGAAGCAGUCACGAAAAUCAAGGCCGCAAGCUCAGAUACGCUUUGCCGGCAAUUGCCAGUUCAAACUGCGUAUCACUCAGACCACAUGAAGCAUAUUGGAUUGGAGUACCAGCUCUCCAUCUCUAGUCAGAUUGAUCAUGAACGCGAUAUGCUGCCAUUCUGCUCAAGCGUCACUGGCCAGACAAUCACCGAUCCCAAAAAGCUCGAUGCACUGUACUGGCGCCGGAAUUUGGAAUCACCAGUGUUAUUCACCGAGGCUAUACAAAGCCUCCCUGCCAGUGGGGCCUCUGUUUUCCUAGAGAUUGGCCCACACUCAGCCCUUGCCGCCCCUCUUCGACAAAUAUUCCGAAUGCUGGCGACCAAAUCCCCAAUAUAUAUUCCUACGAUCUUCCGUUAUGAAGAAGACACAAAGAUUCAGCUGCUCAGGACUGCUGGACAAGCCUUUGCUAGCGGAGUUCCUUUCGACCUAUCUACCAUAAUUGGAAGAGGAAGGACAUUAACCGAUAUUCCUCCAUAUCCCUGGCAGCACGAUCGUCCCUUUUGGAGGGAGAGCCGAAUCAGUCGAGAUUGGAGGCAACGAAAAUACCCACACCAUGAAAUCCUGGGUUCCCGCGUUGUUGAAACAACUGAUAAUGAUUCUUCUUGGCGCAAUCUUUUAAAUAUAGACAAUGUGCCAUGGCUUUUGGACCAUGUGAUUCAGGGGACUGUCACAUUCCCCGGAGCCGGGUUCAUUACAAUGGCAGGUGAAGCUGUGCAACAGCUUGAAGCAACCAAGGAAGGCUAUUCUGUGCGCCAUGUGUCGUUCAUUGUGCCAAUGCUAUUCCACGAAGGCGAUCAAAUUGAAGCCAUUACCAGUCUUAGUCCGAUUGAUGUGGCUGAUAGGCUUCCAUCCGGCUGGUAUCGGUUCAAGAUCAUGACUCAUGAUGGUGAACGAUGGACAUUGCAACUGUGA